UUGGUAGUGAUGAAGGGCCAGAAUAUUCUACUGUGAUGCAGGCGUCGCUAUAUGAUACAUAUCUCAGCGCUUUAGAUUUGAAGAUCAUGAUACAUUCUUCCAACUAUGUUGAAGUGGCUCCGGAAGUGAUAGGCCACUCUUGAGUCGCGGUGGGGCUAAGCCACAAAUCAUCGUAACUGUAUCAUCCCCUGGAGGAUGUCUCUAUUAGAUUUUCGCUAUAAAGAGACAGCCACCGCUCCGUGCCUCGAGCGAACAGAGUAAGCCACUCGGAAGAUGGUCAUGAUGGCAAGAGCAACAGUUCUCGCUCUCCUAAAGGCACUGAUGAUCUCGGUGUUUGCCGGUUGGGUUGCCCUUUGGAUCCUCAAGCCCACGGAAAUGUGGACGAGGAAAUGGAAGGGAGCCGAGGAUAGUGCUCGCGGCACGGUUUUUGGCUAUUACGGUCUCAAUUUCGCUGUCUACACCUUUCCUAUCAUUGCUCUUGCCAUUAUUGGAUCCCUGUACCUGAGUGAUACAGCGAGCAGCGCGAUAAGCAGGCAAAGGAAGACUUCGGUAUCGGCUCUCUCCUAUCCAAUCAUAGUGAACAGCCUUGUGGGUAUCCUAUCAGUAGUAGAGAUCCUGGGAAUUCUCAUGUUCGUUAUUUUCCUGGCAUGGACUUUCUACUGCCGCAUCUCUCAUGACUUCGAGCAUCUGAUGCCAAUUAAAUCACUUAAACUGAGCAUAUGGCAACUGAAGUACCUGAGAGUAGCAACUCGGUUUGGGCUACUAGCAGAAGCCUCCUUGGCUCUGCUUUUCUUGCCUAUUUUGCGGGUCAUGCCCGUGCUUCGCUUGCUAGGCAUCCAGUUCGAAGCUUCUGUGAGAUACCAUACGUGGCUCGGCACCGCGAUGAUACUUUUCGCUACUUUCCACGGUGCAAGCACCUUGCUCAUCUGGGGGGUCAGCCAUGUAAUCCAGGAUGAGGUAUGGAAAUGGCAAAAGACGGGCCGUAUAUACCUCGCCGGAGAGAUCGCUCUUGUAUUGGGGAUUGUUAUUUGGAUCACGUCUCUUCCUUUUAUCAGGAGAAAGCAAUUCGAAAUUUUCUAUUACACGCACCAUUUGUACACAGUGUUCAUAUUGUUUUACUUGUUUCAUGCUGGGGAUAGACAUUUCUACAUGGUGUUUCCUGGAAUCUUUUUGUUUGGCCUGGACAAGCUGCUCAGGAUCAUACAAUCAAGACCGUACACUUGCCUUCUUUCAGCGAAAGUCUUGCCUUGUGAAGCUAUCGAGCUUACCCUGCCAAAGGACCCGAAACUGAAAUACUCUCCGACUAGUGUGGUUUUUAUGAAUGUUCCGAGAAUUUCCAAACUUCAGUGGCAUGCCUUCAGCAUAACUUCCAGCUCCAACGUUCAGGAGGACACGAUGUCGUUGAUGAUCAAAUGCGAAGGAUGGUGGACAAGUUCCCUCUGUCGUUUGAUAACCGAGGAGCUAAAUUCAGAUACUCAUCGGACAGAGUGCAUACGGGUGGCAAUUGAAGGUCCAUAUGGGCCUUCCACUGUUGAUUUCCUCAGAUAUGACAGUAUGCUCCUGAUAGCCGGGGGAAUCGGGAUAACGCCGUAUCUGAGCAUUUUGCAGGAGAUUGUGUCGGCCCAAGGAAGCAGCCGAUACAAAUUCCCUGAAAAGAUUCAACUCAUUCACGUUGUAAAGAGAUCCCAGGAAAUGUCCCUGUUGAGCUCGAUUUCGCAUAUACUUCGCAAUCAGUCUUUGGGGAAAUUGCAUCUGAAACUGAAGGUUUACGUGACCCGGGAGGAGCAGCCAGAUGCAGCCGCAAGAGUCCUUCAAGAUGCGCUAUCUCAAGGGCAGAUUGUGCAUUUCGAUGCAAAAGCUACAAGUUAUGCAGUCCACGGGUUUGAUAAGCCAACUGUACUAGCUGCAAUACUUGGAAUUGCAUCGAUUCUGUUCUUUGUUCUCCUCAUAUGUUUCAACCACAUUUUUGUACCAUCGGAAAAGAAAGCCGGCACCCUCAAGCCUAAGGGUGCGGACAGCCAAACAAAAAGCCCAUCUUGGGUGGUUGAUCUUAUUCUCGUUUCUUGUUUUGUCAUAUCCGUUGUAGUCAGCAUGACCGUGGCGCUUAUGCUGAGAUGGAAAAGAAUUAAGAAAGCAGUUCCUCCGACGUCUCCCAAAAAAGCAGGCGGUUUCACGGAGCCAAGUUCGACAGAGCCAAAUGACCCUCUUCAGGAACACGAAGUCCAUUAUGGAGGCAGGCCUAAUUUCCAAGAUAUCUUUACCAAGUUUCCAAACGAAACCGGAGGAUCCGAUUUCGGAGUCUUGGUGUGUGGUCCCGAAUCGAUGAAAGAGUCGGUAGCCAAAUCACUGCAGCAAAUUGGUCGAGGUUGCGGGGCUAAGAGGAGAUCCAAAUUCACUUUCCAUUCCCUCAACUUCACGCUCUAAUCAAAAGUCGGAACAGAUUGAGAUUAUCGGUUCCUAAGAGAACUGUGAUGCAAGUGUAGGGAUCCAGCUUAGUGUUCCAGCUUGUACAGAUGUAUUGACAUCAUCUUAACUUGUAUGAGUGCAUACGAGAAGAGCCAACUUCUCAAGUUCA